AUGAAAGUAAAGCUCAAGAAAUGCGUGAGAAGCCUAGUCAAAAAUCAUGGUCGACCUUCUCCAGAAACACUUAACACCUAUGAAGAAGUCUUUAACAACAAAGUCACACACCUAAAGUCAGAUAACAGCAUCGACAUAGAUAUGAAGUGGACUACAAUAAAGGACAUUAUUCUCGACACACGAAAAGACAUCCAACAGCAAAACUAUUGUAGUUCAAGAAAGGCGUGGAUAUCAGAAGAAACGUGGAAGGCGAUUAAUGAAAGAAAAGACCUCCUAACCAGAAGGGACUCUGAGAAAGCUCAGUAUAACACCAUAUCAGCGCGGGUUCAAUGCUUAUGCCGUAGAGACUACAACCAAUAUCUGAACUCGAUAUGUGAAGAUAUUGAGGACCAUGCUAGGACUCUGCACACCAAAGACCUGUUUCUA